CAUAGCGGUGUAUACUUUGUCCCACUGUGCUGUCGUGACGCGACGCCUUACCGACGCUCGGCGUCGUUUCCCAUUGAUGAGAAAAAACGAGGUAAUACUUGUGCAGUGAAAUAAAUCAUCGCGAUAAUUGAUUAUUGUCGAAUUAUCGAGGGAUAUUCUGUGUGUGAGAUUUAUUGAUAAAGAAGGUGAAAAUAAUGGAGAACAGACCGGCGCCACUUCGUUCGAGGCGGGUUUGUCGAUUCUGCCUGACCGAGUCGGAGCCGUUGAACUUCAUAUACGAGAGGGAUCCCAACAAGCCCUUCCAAGUGCCACUUGCUCUACAGAUUAUGUCCUGCGUUGCCAUCGAGGUGUACGCAGCGGACGGCAUGCCGCAGAUGAUCUGCACGAUGUGUCGCUGGAACCUGGACCGUUCCUACAAAUUCAAGCAGCAAUGCAAAAAGGCGGACGAGGCCCUGCGCGCCUACCCAAUGACGGGCACCCUCCCGCGCCCCUUCCCCCCGAUAACCAACGAGGCCCCCGAGGGUUCGAACAAGCGCCCGGCGGACCAGCGCUCGCAGUCCGACCAAUCCAAAAAGCCGCGCGUGGACAACGGCGACCGCGAGCGUCGGGAGCGCGCCGAGUCCCAGUCCCUGAAGUCCGAGCGCGAGCUCUACAAAGAGGAGACCGAGCACGACAGCGAGGGUGACCAAGAGGCCGGGGGCGACCAGGAGGACCGCAAACUGGAGCCCGGGGAGAUCCGCGUGCACGCGUGCGACCAAUGCGAGCGGACCUUUCCCCUCCGCCAAGCGCUGCAGCUGCACAUGCAGCGGGCGCACCGCGACCGCAACUACAAAUGCACCAUCUGCGACCGAAUGUUCUUCUCGAAAUACGACCUGCAGAAGCACAUGACGACCCACUCGACGGACAAGCCGCACGUCUGCACGAUCUGCAACAAAUCCUUCACCCGCGCGAAUCUCCUGCAGCGCCACGAGAAGAUCCACCGCGAGGACAUGCGCUACGCGUGUCCGCACUGCGACCGCGAGUUCUUCACCCCCGAGGAGCUGGAGAAGCACGAGGACACGUCCCACAAGACGGCGAAGCCCUUCCAAUGCAACAUCUGCAACAAGCGCUUCACGUACAAGCAGGGAUUGGAGCGCCACGAGAUGCUGCACAACGAGGACAAGACCUUCACCUGCGAGUACUGCAAGGAGGCCUUCCGCACAAGCACAAAACUCGCCCGCCACCUGACGACUCACGCCGGCCACCGUCCGUACGUCUGCAAACUGUGCCCCAAGACCUUCCUGCUGUCUCACCACCUCACGAGACACAUGCGUUCUCACUCCGUGGAGAAGCGCCACGUAUGCGAGGACUGCGGGAAGGCGUUCAAGCGCAAGGAGAGCCUCGAAGUCCACCAGCUGACGCACACCAAGCGCUCGGGAAUGGGCCUCACCUGCGACGUCUGCCAGGAGUCCUGUCGCAAUCGCGCGGACUACGUGACUCAUAUCAAGCAGCACAUCGAGGCCGGCGAGAAGAUGGGGCCUGACGGACUGCAGCCCGAAGUCAAGGAGAAGAUGGAGACCGAGUCCGAGGAGGAGGAGGAGGACGAGCAGUACUCGGACGGGGACGACGACUACGAGCCGCCGGCUUACGUCGUCAAGAAGCUGCCGAAGAAGGUGAAGCCGCCGUCCGAGAGCGACGAGGAUGCGGAGCUCGAGAAGGACGAGAGGAAGGACCAAGUGGUAUUCGUUCGCGGAAAGGACGGGACCAUCGUGAAGAAGACUAUAAAGACUCUGAUGCCGAUCCAGAGGCAGGAGACGAGGACAUCGCCGAGGACGCCGCAGGGCAAGGGACAGGUGAAGAGGGAGGAGUCGCCGAAGAGUUCGAGGGGGGUCGACGAGACCGAGGCGGAGGUGCAGAAGAUCCUGGCGUCGGUGUUCAAGGAGCACAAGCUCCCUCUGAAGCAGGGGGAGAGCCCGCAGGAGAAGACUGAGGCGCCGCAGAGGCAGAUCAAAGAGGAGGCCAAGCCCACUGAGGGAGUCCCCAAGGUCAACACUGUCAAGGUCAUCAAACGGAUUGUCGUGAAGAAGCCUGGGGGCACGGAGGCCACAACCACGACCACUAAAGAGGUCAAGGAGCCCGAGGCGAAGCCCCCUGCGACACCUGGCCCCAAGGUCACGAAACGAGUGAUCGUUAGGAGAAUCAUCAGACAGGGGGACACCACUCGAGAGGUCAUCAUGAACCCAGACGGCACGAUAAUCGACCCUGCUGAGUUGGCCAAGCUGCCAACGGGGAAUGUCGUCAAAAGAGUAGUCGUUAAAAAACCGUUGGACAAAGCACAGAAUCUCGUGCAGGUGGUUCAGGGUGCCGAGGCCAGGAGUAUUGUCCCUGAGUCACCGAAGUUCGAGCUGAAGACGUCGCAGGCAUGCUCCAGUGCUGCAGCUGAGAAACCAGUUGUUCAGAAGGUUGAGGUGAAGAAGACUGUGACCACGAUUUCCAAGGACGAUCAGGAGACGAAGGAGAAGCUCGAGCAGCUGGAGAAGAGGGUCGAGGCCCAGCGGCUGAAGAUCGAGGAGCUGCAGGCGAGGAAGCAGCAGGAGUACGAUCCUGCUGAUGAGAUGUCACUCCCGGAGAGACACGACUCCGAGGACGAGCAGGAACUGCCUCUCAAGCGGGUGUUUGUUAAGAGGAAUAAGAGCGUUUAUGACGAGGAACAGGAGUACAAUGACAAUGACAAGGGUGACGAGAGGGAGGGGGGACUGGGGGGUGAUAAGCUCAGGGAGAAGGAGGGGGUGGGUAAGAAGAUAACUCACAUCAAGAUUGAGGUGCCCUCGGAGGUCGAGGAGAUGAGCAGAGAGUUGAGUAGCAUUCUCGAGUCGACUGGUAAUGUCGUCAAGAUGCAGGAGAGUGUGCUGAGCAAUUUGACGGAGGUCUCGGGGAUCAGUGAGGGGGUUCAGCAGGAGGCGGGGGAGGAUCAGGGGGAUAAGGGGGCCGAGGAGGAGCAGAUGGGGGAGGUGAUGGCGGGGGCUGAGGGGGAGAGGAACCAGGCGGAGAUCAAGAUGGAGCGGCUUGGGCAGGAGGGGGAUGGACAUUCUGUGGAGAUGGAAGUGGAACACGAGGAACAGGCUGAGGCGCAGGAACAGGGGCUUGAGGCCGGGGAGGGACAGGCAAUGUCAGAGUCCACUGAUGUGUUUGAGACUACCGCUGAGGGGUCUGUCUGCCAGAAGGGCGAGAAUCUCGAGGACUCGGUUAUUGCACUGUCGCAGACUAAUGAAACCAUCAAUCUUAAUGACACUAAUGAGAGCCAGGACAGCUUGGAGAAUGAACUGCAGAAGAUUGCGGGGUGAGGUGGGGCGUAGGCUCUGAGGGAUUUUGUAAGGAGUUGUGACAUUUAUUUGGAAAUCUUUGGGGUUUUUAUUAUGGGUUAAUUGUUUGAUUUUUUUUUGAGAUUUUGUUUUCAAGUUGGUGACGAUUAAAAUCGUUUUUGGUGCAUGGAACUUUGUUAUCAGCUGUGAUGAUAAUGAAGUUUCAUGUUG